AGCUUGUAACUUCAGUUAAUGACUUGUGUGGCUUACAUUUUCGUAGUUAUUUGAGUUUGAAUGCAGGAGAUACUUGACAGUAUGAAGUCCUAUGGAUUGGUCCCCUCAUCAGCCCUUGCGUUGUCUCCAUUCAAACAGAACAUUUGAAUUUAGUAAAACAUGGUCAACUAUGAUUCACUCACACCUCCCAUUAGUUCUUCUAACCCUUGUAUCAUCUCUGCAUGUUCUCCCCUUGGGUCUACCAAAGGUGCCCUCAUCAGACGUCAAGCUGGAGACGGGAGCAGGAGAGAAGGCCAAGAAGGUGGAAGAGGAGGAGGAGGAGCUGCCUGCAGCAGUGAAGGAGGAAGAGCAGCCUAAAGCAGUGAAGGAGGAAGACGAGGAGGAGCAGCCUGCAGCAGUGAAGGAGGAAGACGAGGAGGAGGAGUAUGUGGUGGAGAAGGUUUUGGACCGCAGAGUGGUGAAGGGAAGAGCAGAGUUUCUGCUGAAAUGGAAGGGGUUCUCAGAUGAGGAUAACACAUGGGAGCCACAAGACAACCUGGACCUCGACCUUAUCGCAGAGUACAUGCAGAAACACAAGGAGACGGAGGAGAAGAAAAAGGAGGGAAAGAGGAAAGUUGUCAGGGAGGCCUCGGGUGACUCAGAGGAGCGAGGGAGCAAGAGGAAGAAGGAGGAGAAACAGAGAGGAGGAAAGCAACCUAAACGUCACCACUGUCAACACUGUGACAAAUCCUUCACAACAUCUGGACGUUUAAAGGUUCAUCAGAGAGUUCACACUGGAGACAAUCUACACAGCUGUGAUCAAUGUGGGGCAGCUUUCACAGUACAGAGUACCCUAAUAAUACAUCAACGCGUUCACACUGGAGAGAAGCCGUACAGCUGUGAUCUAUGUGGCAAAACCUUUUCUAGGAGGGAUUGCCUAGAAAUCCACCAGCGUGUUCACACUGGAGAGAAGCCGUACUGGUGUGAACAAUGUGGGGUAUCUUUUUCUGUGAGUGGCCACCUUAAAACACAUCAACGCAUUCACACUGGAGAGAAGCCUUACAGCUGUGGUCUAUGUGGUAAAACCUUUUCUAGGAGUGAUCAACUAAAAGCCCACCGACGUGUUCACACUGGAAAGAAGCCGUACUGGUGUGAACAAUGUGGGGAAACUUUUUCUUUGAGUAACCACCUUAAAACACAUCAACGCAUUCACAAUGGAGAGAAGCCAUACCGGUGUGAAAAAUGUGGGAACACGUUUUCUCGGACUAGUGCCCUUAAAAGACACCAGCUCAUUCACACUGCCUCAUUAUCUCUUUUGAAUCAUGUGACAUAUGUUGUUCUGUGUGUUUCAAGUCUGUCAGGCUGUCUGAUCUCAGAGGAAGGCUGUUCUUCUCUGGUCUCAGCUCUUGGCUCCAACCCCUCCCAUCUGAGAGGGCUGGACCUGAGCUACAAUCAUCCUGGAGACUCAGGAGUUAAGCUGCUGUCAGUGGGACUGAAUGAUCCUCUCUGGAGACUGGAAACUUUCAGUGUGGAGCCUGCUGGAGUCAGAUGGUUGACACCAGGUCUGAGGAAGUAUUCCUGUGAACUCACAAUCGACACAAACACGGUGAACAGGAAACUCAAACUGUCUGACAACAACAGGAAGGUGAAACAUGUGGAGGAGGAUCAGCCAUAUCCUAAACAUCUAGCGAGGUUUGAGUCCUGGUGUCCUCAGCUGCUGUUCUCCUCUGACUCACUGAUCCACCUUCACACCUUCAACACCUCAUUUACUGAACCUCUCUUUCCUGGGUUUGGGUUUGGGACAGAGUUCAGAGAACUUAUGCUUGGAAACAGAAUAAAGAUCAAUGGUGUCAAAGCAACGCCUACUAACCAAUCAGUACCAUUCUAA